UCAUUGACCUGCUGAUGGUGAGCGAGGCGCGGCAGAUGGCCAGCAUAACCCACAAGAUCCGGAUGGAGCUCCUGAGUGUCAAUGACGUUUACCUCCUCUCCACCUUCCGCCUGCCCCCCAAGCAGGGGGGGACCCUCUUCGGCCUCUACUCCAAGAAGGACAACACGAGGUGGCUGGAGGUGUCUGUGGUGGGGAAAAUCAACAAAGUCCUGGUACGUUACCUACGAGAAGACAACAAGCUGCAUUCGGUCAACCUGCAGCACGCGCACGUGGCGGACGGGCAGAGCCACACUGUCAUCGUGCGCCUGAGCGGGCUGCGCGGGGACAUGCUGAGCGUGGAGCUCUACGUGGACUGCAAGCAGAUGGACUCCAGCGUGGGGCUGCCCGAGCUGUCCGAGAUCCCCCUGGCAGAGGUGGAGUCCAUCGAGGUGCGCACGGGGCAGAAGGCUUACCAGAGGAUGCAGGGCUUUGUGGAGUCGAUGAAGCUGAUCCUGGGAGGGUCCAUGAGCCACGUCGGGGCCCUGAGCGAGUGCCCGUUCCAAGGAGAUGAGUCCAUUCACAGUGCAGUGACAAACGUGCUGGCCUCCAUCCUGGGUGAGCAGACCAAGGCACUGGUCACGCAGCUGACCCUCUUCAACCGGAUCCUGACUGAGCUGCGGGAAGACAUUAGGGACCAGGUGAAGGAGAUGUCUCUGAUCCGCAACACCAUCAUGGAGUGCCAGGUCUGCGGCUUCCACGAGCACCGAUCCCGCUGCAACCCCAACCCGUCCUACCGGGACAUCCCUGGGCAGUGGCCACCCUGGCGCGUGGGGUGCCUGCCUGGGGGUGAAGCUUGUCUCUCUCCUGUGCCUCAGUGCGCUCACACCAACCCCUGCUUCCCCGGCUCCAAGUGCAUCAACACGGCCCCCGGCUUCCGCUGCGAGCCCUGUCCCCGCGGCUAUCGGGGCAACACCGUCUCGGGCGUGGGCACUGACUAUGCCAGGGCCAGCAAGCAGGUUUGCACGGAUAUUGAUGAAUGCAACGAUGGGAACAACGGCGGCUGCGACCCCAACUCCAUCUGCACCAACACACGCUCCCCUGCCCGCCAGCCAGGACCGUUCCGCUCCCCAAAUCCUGCCCCUACCUCCUCCCUCUCUCAGGGCUCCUACAAGUGUGGUCCCUGCAAGUCGGGGUUUGUGGGGAAUCAGACAUCCGGCUGCAUCCCACAGAAGUCCUGCA